AUGGCGGCGCCAGUGAUAUGGAACAGGCUAUCUAAGGUCAUAAAGAGCAUUGGAGUUUUCAAAGAAGACAAAGUGUUUGUGCGAAGGAUAGUGCUGCUAGUUCCAGGAGAUAUAUUGACGGCAGAGGAGCUGUUGCGGGAUGAAUGGUUGCUCAUUUUUACACUAAACUUGAUCUUGCAGCAUGCGAGUAUCGACACCUUCCUUAAAACCUACCUUGAUCGGAAUAUUAAUGUGGAUGUCCAAAAUAUAUAUCGCGGACUCGAAUCACAGAAGGCUUUAAUGAGGUUCGCAUGUUUAAUAAGCUAGCUGAUCGACCCCCGACGCCCCGGGAAGUUGACUCCUACGCAAUCAGCAUCAAUUAAUAAUCUUUCAUGUAUUGUGAAAUGGUCUCGUGUCACAGCCCGACUGUCAGGAGCAACGAGGCACUUUAUGAGAAAGCACGUUAGGAGACUUAGAGUUAACGAGCCUACGGAGUGUCGAAUCUGUGACGUCCGGCUCGGGCACCGGAUGCAUUUCCAACGCUACGCAGAGAAAUUUCACAGAACUGUCUCGCUGUUUUGCUAGUAGAUGGGAUCACUUAGGAGUGUGCAGUAUGGCUUGCCUUGAUUAAGUAUAGAGGAAGUAAUUAAAUAGGAAAGAGACGC